AAAAGCAAACAGUAACUAGUGGUUGAUUCCACUGUCUUCCCCAUUUGACAGCAUCAUUCUGAUCUUGUAAAACAAUAUUUAGGGGAAGGCAUAAGGAAAAACUCAAAUUAUUCUUAGGCCCAAAGAGGAUUUGCUCUUGUAUUGUGUUAAUGUCAAAACUUGAUUGUUUUUUUACUGCUCUGUGUCAGAAAAGAAGGAAUUCUGUGGAAUACUCUUUUUUUGUGGAUAUUGUGUGUUCAAAUUUUAUAAUCGUAUAUGAGUAUUAAAAAACAAAAAUAAGCAUGCAAUUUCUGCAUUUGAUUUUAAUUAUCUUGAAUAGCUAUAUGGGGAUAAAAGAAGUCUUAACAUUAAUCUACUGACAAUUAGAGUUAGUUCAAACCUGAAGCUAUUUUUUUUUAUCAACUCCACCCCUUCCACAAAACAAAAAACUAUUUGUAUGAAGUAUUUUAAAAAGAAUUGUGAUGAGGUGUCCGAUGAGUACCGACACCUUUUAGAUGAAACGACCGACCACAACAAUAACAUUACUAUGACAAGUGAGGAUCUUCUCCAACCUGGCCAUGUUGUGAAGGAGAGAUGGAAAGUGAUAAAAAAAAUUGGAGGUGGCGGUUUUGGAGAGAUCUAUGAAGGUUUGGAUCAUGUAACGAAUGACAGAGUGGCUCUUAAAGUUGAGUCAGCACGGCAACCGAAACAAGUUUUAAAAAUGGAAGUUGCUGUGCUGAAAAAACUUCAAGAUCGAGAGCAUGUUUGCAGAUUUAUUGGUUGUGGUCGAAACGAUAGGUUUAACUAUGUUGUGAUGCAACUGCAAGGAAAAAACUUAGCUGAAUUAAGGAGAGCUCAACCCCGAGGUGCCUUUUCACUCUCAACUACACUCCGCCUGGGUCUUCAGAUUCUCAAAGCUAUUAAUUCAAUCCACAAAGUUGGUUUCCUUCAUAGAGAUAUCAAACCCUCCAAUUUCUCAAUGGGUCGUCUUCCUCACAACUGCCGCAAGGUUUAUAUGUUAGACUUUGGGCUGGCUAGACAAUAUACAACGGGAUACGGGGAAGUUCGUCCACCUAGAGCAGCUGCGGGUUUUAGAGGAACUGUGAGAUAUGCUUCUAUUAAUGCUCAUAAAAAUAAGGAAAUGGGUCGACAUGAUGAUUUAUGGUCAUUGUUCUAUAUGUUAGCUGAAUUUGUAAAUGGACAACUUCCGUGGAGAAAAAUGAAGGAUAAAGAGCAAGUGGGCAUUAUGAAGGAGAAAUUUGACCACACUUUGUUGUUAAAACACUUGCCAUCCGAUUUACGCCUUUUCUUAGAGCAUAUUCAAGGGUUGGAGUACAAAGAUAAACCAGAUUAUGCCAUGCUCUGUGGCCUGUUCGAGCGCUGCAUGAAAAGAAGAGGAAUAAAAGAGACUGAUCCGUUUGAUUGGGAAAAGCCUCAGCAUGGUGUUACUCCAACUGGAGGAACUCAGUAUCCAACUCAAAUCACUGGCGGCGGGGCUGCAGUCACUCAACCUGCAAUAAUCGGACCUGCUGUCACUACCACCGACAACCUUCACACUACUCAGUUGGAUAAUGACCAGGAGAACAUAGAGCCUGACAACAGAAAAGAGAUUGGAGACGAUAAUGAAGGUACAGGACUGAAGGGGGGUAGAACAGUGACUGGAUCGGGUAUAAAUAACUGUGAUAAGCAUCAUAUAUCAAUAGAUAGAAAUUGUAAUGCAACUAAUGCUGUCGAUUCAACACCUGUUUUAGCAGGCUCUCCUAAAAAAACACGUCGGGCAAUUUCGAUGCCUGGCACUCCUCAGGGAGGAAGUGUAGUCGGAAGUGGUGGGACUGGCGGAAGUGGUGGCACAGCAGCUAUUGACUUUGAAGGGGAUGCGGUCAUGGUAUCAGCUCGAAGCUUUAGUGACCGAAAAGCAAACCACAAUCAACGUAAAUCUGCCGAUGCAGCUCUUGGAAGAUUGCGGGUCUCAACUGCUGAGAGAAAGCAAAAAGCGCAGACUGUUUCAUUAAGCCAUGACCCUCAUGACACAGUGUCGAUUCCAACUGGGGACACUCCUACAAGGGGACGUGAUCCAGUGACAGAAUUAGAUGCAUCAGUCUAUUCCAAAACCGUUGGAGUUGGUCAGGACUCAGUAAGAGGGGGACGAAGACGUAUGACCUCCAGAGGAGGAGGGCUUAAUUCUUUAAAAACUAAUAGAGAUAUUUCAGUCACUCAGCAUGCGUUGAUAGAUGAUGAAAAUGUUUCUGCAGCACAACAAGUCACAAAAGGUGGUGGAGGUCUCACCUUGGUGUCUCAAUGGAAAUCUCAGUUUGAUGACUCAGAAGAAACCACUGAUAAUGAAUGGAAAGGGGAAAACAUUCCUAGUCCUGAACAUAAACAUCAUCUAACAAACUUUAUUGACGGACAAACAGCCAUCUCCCCAGCUCGAGCAAUUUUGCGACGAAAUGCUCCAAAAAUCGUGAAUACUGGGAUUGGUUCAAAUUGGCUUGGACAAUCAGAUGAUAUUAGAAAAGUGGCUGUUCGCACUGGGGAGUGUUUAUUUUCAGGCUUGUCUCAGUUAGUAUCUACAAAUGCUGUUGGUGCAGGCGAAGGAUCAAGCCUCACAGAUAGAAUUCAGCAGCCACAAGGCGUUAAAAUUGAGCAGAGCCCUGAAAUCCUUUUAUCAAAAAUAAGUGAAGAUUCAACUAAGCACAGUUGUAUUAAGAAUGUACAAGCUCAACUUUCUAGUCAUUCCGGAAAUAACAAUGUUAAUGUAAAACAAACAAAUGGCAUUAGUAGAGUAACAUGUUUGAACAUUGCGGGUAUUGAAAGUUUUCCUCACCUUCAGCCAAUGCUACCACGAGCCUGGAGUGCACCUCAAAUUGGAUUGAGUAUAAGGGAAGGACUAGAACCUCCUUUGAUUCAGCAAGCCGCUUUUGAUGAAACCCUCUACACUGUUGAUGUAAUGCGAAAUAUAGCAACAAGGAGUACCAAACCACGUCUCUUGAUCCGCAAAAAAAGUUUGCCGGCAAUUUCCCUUGACUGGCCGAAGGCACGAAGCAGUAACAUCCCAAAGAAAGAAGUAGAAAGGCAAAAGUCAUCUCAGGACAAAGAGGAGUCAUCUCUGGUCACAGCUAAAACAACGGCAGAAGAUGAUGAGAUUGAUAUUCAGCCAGUAUCAGGGCGACUAGAAAUCAGAGUAGUGGAAAGAACUAGUGAAACUCAUCAAAAUGUUAGAGAAUGUAAAAAAGGAAGAGGAGGAAUAAGCCCUGUUAGCACAGGACGAGAUGAGACAACGUCUUUAUAUUACGAUGCAACUGAAGAAUCCAUGAGAGAUAAGCACAAUCUUUCUCCUGUGAGGGAAGUAGACUGCAGGCUGAAAUUAAGUGGUAAGGGUAGUAAAAUACCUGUUCCUGUAGGAUGUAAGAGCCCGAGGUGCAGUGCAACUGAAGCAAUUCUCACUGAUGCAAGGUACAUAACAACUAUAGAAGGAGAUGAAGUGCAAGGCAGUGAUGCUAAAAAAGUUCUAACACUACCUUCAACUAUCAAGACCGAUGAUGAAAACUGUAAGCAGCUUACACCUGGUUUGCGACGGAGGAGAGCAGGCAAUGAUAAAUAUGUAACAGAUCAAGCACAGCUUCAACUCCGUUUCAAUAGACCCAGGAGAAUUUUAGAAACAAAUGCAAGGUCCAGAGGAAUCUCACCUCACACAUUAGGAAUGUUUCCCCAAAAUGAAGACAAGGAUGGUCCGAACAGAGAGGCCGAACCAUGUGUUGGAAUUGUUUCAUCUGCACUUCCUAUUCCGCCUCCUCCAGUGACAUCUUCUCUGCCACCAGAAAAUAGUGCAAGGUGUAGAAGAUUUCAGCCUGUUGGAGCUGCUUCAGGAAGUGGGAGAGAGUCCUAGUUUCAAAAAAAUUUUUACCAUAAAUUGACAAAUACUUAAAACAUUUGCUUGAAACAAAUAUAACAUUCAUGAUUCAAGUUUUAUUUUCACUGCUGUUUCAACUACCUCUUACAAAAGAGUAAAUUUUUAUUUAUUUAGUUCCUUAUAUAUUUUUUUUACAAAUGCAGUCCUGUUUAUUUAUAUAUCAGUUUUUAAUUUUUAGAAUAAUGUAAUUUUCUUUCUGUGAUUGUAUUUUUGACAAAUCAUUGGGCGCUCAAAUUGUGAUUUAGAGUAUGGAAUAUCAUCAAAAUUUAUUCUUUAUUGAUUUUUUGAGGUAUUCAUAUUAUUUGGAUUUUUCAAGCAAAGAAGAUAUAUUUAGCAAUGUUUUUUUUGUUUUUUUUUUAAUGUGUGUACAUUUAAUUUACAUGCAAUCAUUUAAUUUAAUUUUGUUGUUAUUGUUGUUAUGUAUAAUACAUUCUUUUAGUUUAUAUCUAAUUGUAAUAGUGUAAAUUUACUUAUUAAAAAAAGCCAGGGUUUAUUACUAUAAUAUUCUUGGCUUCAGUGUAUUUGUUACUGUUCUUAAAAUUUAAAUCAACAGUAGCAGAAUUUUGUUAAAGUCUAAAAGCUGAUGUUUAGCUUAUUAGCUAAUGUUACUAUUACUUUGAAUAUUAAUGAAAGAUUGGCAUAACCUGAUUUUUAAUUUAUUUUGCAUCUUGACUCUAAAUUGUUAGCCUACUGUUCACAUUUUGUCUAUAAACAACCGGAUUUUUUGUUUUGAAAUAUCAUAUAUAUGUUUAAAGAAACGUUGCUAAUGAAUACAAUAAUAUUUUUUCCCGUAGUCAUUGCUACCCACAAAAAAAA